GCCAGGGUUUGGAGCGUUCCGCCCGAGGAGCUAUUCGAUAGCGCGUUUUGCUGCGGGUGUCCCUAUUGGGUCAGCCAUUUAUCAUGGCUGCAAGACAGGUGCAGAGGGCUUUGCUGAACAGGAGAGCAACCUCAUCAUUAGACGCCCAGAGGAUAGAGUUUGAAAAAACUCAGAUGUCGCAUUUUUCGAAGGCGACCAGCUCGCAGGAGAUGCCGGUCAAAACCAAGCACGUGCGUGCUCUGAUCAUUGGCACGCAUCACGAGCACAGCGCGCACACCUUCUGGUCGCUGGCCGAGCGCGUGCCGCUACAGGAACACCCCAUCACCUGCUGGAAGUUCUGCCUUGUGCUGCACAAGGUGCUGCGUGAGGGGUACCGCAACACGAUGCGUGAAUCAUACAGCCGGCGUAACAUGCUGCGAGAACUCGCCACCUUCUGGGGCCACCUACCGGACGCCUACGGCAAGCUGAUCCAGAGCUACAUGCAGGUGCUGCUGGUCAAGCUGCGCUUCCACAUCAAGUACCAUGGCUUUCCGGGCACGCUGACGCUCAGCGAGGACGAGCUGGAACGGCUCGGCGAGAACGACCCCAACAACUACUUCGAGAUGGCCGUGGAGAUCCUAGACUACCUGGAGGCCAUCGCCACCAUGCAGUCAGCCGUGUUCGGCUCGCUGGACAUGUCGCGCUCGUCGUCCAUGACCAAGGAGGGCCAGUGCCGCCUGGCGCCGCUGAUACCGUGCAUCCAGGACUCGAUCGCCCUCUACAACCACUCCAUGAAGAUCAUGUUCCAGCUGCACUCCAUCCUGCCGCCGGACCUGCUCUCCGGACACCGGCAGCGCUUCAACAAGCUGUUCGCCUCGCUGAAGCAGUUCUACCACAAGUCGGCCAACUUGCAGUACUUCAAGACGCUAAUCCAGGUGCCACAGUUGCCUGAGAGCGCGCGCGCCGCCGACGAAAAGUUCCAGAAGAUGAAGGGCGUGUACCAGCAGCUGCGCGAGGAGCACAUCCGGCUGAUCCGCCAGAAGGCCGAGGUGGACCAGCAGGUGCUUUCGGAGCAGCAGGGCGCCGAGCAGACGAAGCUGGCGCACGCCGACCUGCAGCUGCAGCUGAGCAGCCUCAGCGAGCAGCGUUCCGUGGCCGAGGAGCAGCUGCAGCGGUCGGAGGCGCGCUCGGCAGAGCUGGCCGCCAUUCAGUCGGAGCUGCAGACGUCCCGGAGCCGGUGCGCGGCGCUGGAGGGCCAGCUGCAGGAGCAGACCACGCACGCCAGCCUGGCACAGGUGGAGCGCGACGAGCAGCAGGCGCGCGUCGACUGCGUGACAGCGGCUGAGCAGAUGGUGCAGCGUUCGCUGGAUGAGUUCGACAACCCCAUGUUCUCGGCCGUCACGUGCACUCCAGAGUACCUGCUGGGUCAGAUCGAGCCGCUGCUGGAAGCGCUGGAGCCGGUGGCGGGCGCCGGCGACGGGCCCGAGCUGCUGGGCCGGCUCCUUUCGUUCGCCCACAUGGCCGGGCAGUUCCUGCUGCACGGCAAGGCUACCUCCAACACUAGUCCCAACAUUCAGCUGGGCGAAGAGAUGUCGGCCGUGUGCGUCAGCCUGCUGGCGCGGCUCGGCGAGCUGACGCGUCGCGUGGCCGACUCGCUGCGCGCCGUCAGCGGCGAGGAGGUGGCCUCGCUCGUCGAGCAGGAGAUGACCGCCAUGGACAGCGCCAUCGAGGCGGCGGCCGCGCGCAUUCAGGAGAUCCUGAUGGCCGCCCGCACCGCCGACUCGGGCGUCAAGCUCGAGGUCAGCGAGAAGAUCCUGGACUCGUGCACCGGCCUCAUGCGCGCCAUCAAGGUGCUGGUGCAGCGCAGCCGCGACCUGCAGGCCGAGAUCAUCGCCCAGGGCAAGGGGUCGGCGUCGCCCACCGAGUUCUACAAGCGCAACCACCGCUGGACGGAGGGCCUCAUCUCGGCGGCCAAGGCUGUCGGCAUGGGCGCCAAGUCGCUGCUGGACGCGGCCGACCGGCUGGUGGCAGGCACGGGCAAGUUUGAGGAGCUGAUUGUGGUCACCCACGAGAUCGCCGCCUCCAGCGCCCAGCUCGUCAUCGCGUCCAAAGUCAAAGCCGACCGCCAGAGCAAGAACCUGGCGAACCUCGGUCAGGCGUCGCGCGGUGUUUCGGAAGCCACCGGCUCCGUGGUGGCCACCGCCAAGUCUUGUAUGCAGCUGGUCGAGGACAAAGCCGUGUUCGACUUUGGCAGUCUGUCACUGCACCAGACCAAGCGGCAGGAGAUGGAGGCGCAGGUGCGCGUGCUGGAGCUGGAGGCGCAGCUGCAGCGCGAGCGGGUGCAGCUGUCGGCGCUGCGGCGCCAGCACUACCAGCUGGCCGGCGACCUCGAGGGCUGGGAGGAGGUGGACAAGCCGCUCUAG